UCUGCCUUUCGUUCAAAGAAUUUUCGAGCUUCCCAAUGAUUUCCCGCUCUCGCAUGGCCCGAAAAGUGUCAUUCGUAUUGCUGAUCUUUCUCCCCGCGCCUCCGACAUGUUUUCAAACGUGCAAGAGCCCCUUCCAGGGCUCCCUGACGGUGCCAUGGCGUGUUCAAGCUCCUUGUUAUGCUGCAUGGAAUACAAAGCAGCGUCAUGAAUCUAGGGAUAAAAGCUUUAGGGCGCCUGAAGUCGACGAAUCUCAGCACCGCUAACGCAACGCCUAUGGCGGUUACUGG